AAACCUUCGCUUCUAUCCUUUUACUACACCUCUGUAACUUAUGGCACACAGCUCACAUACCCUUCAUCUCCGAGGUGACUCUAGGUCCAAGAACAUCUCGGUCUCUGCAUCAGCCCAAUCUCCCCUUAUGCAUGCAACAUCCUCUGGAGUGCCACCUGUGCAUAGUGUCACAAUUUUACCUUCGAUGAAGGAUAUUUCUUAUGUUUCGUCCCUAGGCGAUGAGGAGAAAGGGCCUCUUCCAGCUUCCCUUGCGGACAAGUUCGCAACGUCACCCGACCCGUCAUCUUGGGGAGGCAAUAUAUGGAUGAAUAUCCGUGAAGCAGACGGACACCUCCAUAAUCCAGACCCUAGGCGUGACAGGAAGAAUGAUCAAGGAGGUACUAUACUAAGUUCUCGUCGUGUAGCAAACCUAGUUUAUUUAUUAUUCCUUGGUCUCGGAGUGGCAACACUUUUUGCCGGGUUCCUUCUGAUCACUUAUUUCACGAAGAAGCCCAUCUCGAACAAUGGCGGCGUCAAUUCUAAAGGUAUCAAUAGCACUAGACAGAUUCGUUCUAUGGCCAGCAACUGGGGGCCCAUAGACAGACACGCCGCCGGACGCCUUCACCAAAUCCGACUACGUUACCGACAAAAGGUGGCAGCUCAUUUUCAGUGACGAGUUCAAUGUUGACGGUCGCACCUUCUAUGCUGGUGACGACCCAUACUGGGAAGCUGUCGACCUCCACUAUUGGCAGACGAACGACAUAGAGUGGUAUGAUCCAGCCGCUAUUACAACUGAAAAUGGCUCGUUGGUGAUUACCUUAUCCGAGACACCCAGACAUGGGAUGAAUUACACCGGUGGAAUGAUGACAUCUUGGAAUAAGUUCUGCUUCACAGG